AUGACUAAUUCUUCUGAAACCCAAGAAGGAGCUAAUGAAGAAAAGAUGAACCUAAAUGAGACAGAACAACUCUCUGAAGAAAUAAUUUCAGGUUCUGAAACAUCCGAUAGUGGAAAUGAAAAUACACUUUUAUUCAAUAUUUGUGCCAAAGCCUGCACCACGGACGUUAAUAGCCCAGAAAUUCCUUUAUUACAUCCUAUUCCCAAAUCCAAGGAAACAAAAGAAACAGAAAACGAUUCAUCGGAUUUGAUUGAUAGGAAUCUAAUUCAACGUUUAAUUAAUGACUUAAAUCCAAGCUAUGAAAAUUUCCAGUCAUAUGAAAAAAGUAAUGGUGAAAAAGAUCUGAACGGUAUGGGUAUAAAGAAUGAUAAUCUGGAGAACGAAACAUUUAAAAAUGAAAGUGAAAUAAAUGAUUCAGAUAAAAGUGUACAUGAUUUUGAUGAAAUAAAUAAAUCUUUAGACAUUGAUCCUGAAAGUGAAAAAAUUGCAAGAGAAUAUUCACAACAACCUUUGUUUCAGAAUUCAUCUUUUAUAGAUGACACCUUUGACAGAUCUCAACCUUUAUUUUUAAGUUCCCCUUCUCAAGACGUAUUAGAUCCUACAUUCAAUAUCACUUCAAAUAAAAUUCAGACACAAAAUUCAACAGGUAUUUUACAUUCAAACUCACAAGAAUUGUUUUCUACCAAUGUCUCAACCCAAGAGAACAAGGAAAGAAAUAGAGACAUUCAUUUCAAUGAAAAUAUAGAGCAUUCUAGUUCGAGAGUAUUAAAAAAUGGAAUGUUUGAAAAAACUCAUACCUCCAACAAUUUUGAACACAAUGAUACGAUUUAUCUUAAAGAGUCAGAUAAUGAAAUAUUAAUUGAUAAAAAUAAUUCAUUUUCUAUGCAGAGGAAACAAGAUGAGAAUUCAGAUAGCUCCAAGAUUUCACCAGCAUCAGAUUCAAUUUUGAAAGCAAAUGAUUCUAAUGAAAAAAUUCUUGAAAGUUCUGAUGAAACUGAUAUUGAGAAUUAUCAAAAUGAAUUCACGCAUGUACCAUCUCCUACUGCUAAAAUAAAUGUAAUAAAAGAGCAGAAUACGCAACAUAAUUUCGAUUAUCAAGAAGAACUGCUUCUCAUGGAUCAAAGUGAUGAAUCUAACAAAAUUCUCAACGAUCAUGAUUCCAGCUCUCCAUCUUUGCUAGCUCCUAAGGAAGAUUACCGAAAAGAAGAAACCGAAAACAAUGAUAUUGGAAAUUGUAAUUCAAAAUCAGAAUGUUGUUCCAAUGCAUUUGAUUAUGUAAAAAAUAUUAAAGUAAUUGAAGGAUCAUUUAAGAAGAUUAGCUUAACAGGUAUUUAUAAUGAAAAUAAUAUAAAUACAGGCGAAUUUUCAACAGUGUGCACAAUUAAAGACACAACGUACUGUAAUAUUAAUUCUGAUUCCAUCAUUAAUCGUGAGAAGGCUAACAUCAUACAAGAUGAAAAAAUGGCUAAGAGAAUCUUUAAAUUCAAAUCAACCCGUUGUUCGAAUAAAUUUCAGGUUCCUUGGAAAAAUGCUGACGCAGAAGAAAUAAUUUUUAAUUGUGGUCAAAACCAAGAAAACCUCAACACAAUGGAAAAGUCCAUCAAAACUAGCAAACAGAUGAAAGAGGAUUUUCAAAAUGGAGGAAUAAUGAACGAGGAAAAAGGAACUAAACAACAGAUUAAUUUCACAGACUUUAAAAUUUGCACGAAUAACAUACACUCUGAAAACCAAGGAAUAGAGAAUCUAGAAUUACAAAAUGAAUUAUAUACCGAAAAUGUAGUUGAGAUGCAAAGCAAAACAGAAAAGGAUUUAACUGAGUUUCAGAAAGAAAAGAUAUCAGAUGUUAAUAGUAAACCAGAAAAUGAUUCAUCGGCAGAAAACCAGGCUCAAUAUAUUUCUAAUAACCAGCAAUCGAGCGAAGAUAAAAAUAUGAUUGCAGAAAAUUCUGAGCUAUUCGCAGUAGAUGAUAGGUAUAUUUCUGAAAGUAAAGUAAGUGAGAAAGAAUCCACAGAGAUUUCUGUAAAAGGGACAAGACAAACUGUAGAAAUUGCAAAGGAUUCUAAUACAUGUGCAGUAAAGAUAAAUAUGCCUAGUACGGAGCCGAAUUUCAAUUUAUCUCAGAGUAAUAAUCAGUUCCCAACUGAAGUAACGGCGACAAUAAACUGUAACCAAGAAGAAAAUCCGUAUUUGAAAUCUAGUGAAUCUCUUACUACCAAUAAAUUACCGGGCCGUAAACGAAAGAGACGGACUUGUCACACUUCAGUUUGUGUAAACAAUAAUCAUUCGAUGAUUUGCUCUAAAAGCGUGAUUGAAACUUUAAAAAGUGAUGAAAAUUUAAGGAUAAAGAAAAAAUGUGAGCAUUAUUCAGACAAUGAUAUCGAAAUGUUGGAUGAAUUUGUUGAACCUAAAAUUAAGAAUAAACGACAAAAAUUUUCAAAAAAGAGGGAUGGAAGAUAUAGACAAUUAGAUUUUAUAUCUAAUUCUUUAACAAAGAAAAAGUCCCGGGGAAAAUGUCCUAAAGUUAUUUAUCGCCAUAAGGAAAAAAUAUUAGCAGAGAAUUUCGAUACUUUUGAGAAAGAGAAACAUCUGCUCGAAAAAAUUGAAAGCAAGCUUCAUCAUAUUACAAAAAUAAUGAAACACAAGCGAUAUUCUGAAUCAAGGAAGCAAAAAGCUCUACUAUUACUUAAGGAAUUGAGUCCCAUUUUGGAGAAAGCUGAAAAUUUUUGCAAUGAAUUUCAAAUGGAUUCACAAAAUUGCAAUAAUCUUUCUAAUAGAGCCAUCCUUUCUUCUAAAUUAAAACAAUGGUGUUGCGACAUUCCAAAAUUUUGCAAAUCUGCACAGAAGUGCAGCAAAUCUAAGCCCUGCUAUGACAGAAUAUAUUAUCAAGGUCGGACUUUAUCAUACCUCGCCGAUAUUUAUCAUCAAGGACUGGAAAAUCGGAAUGCAUCCCAGGGGAUAGAAAAAUCAUCAGUAACAUUCAGUUCGAGCACAGGUCUUGAGGUCAUUCAGAGGUUAACUGCACCCCAGAGAAUUUUAGCCGCAAAUACUGAAGCUCCUAUAUCCAGACCAAAUGUUCUAAAUCUGUUGAAAAUGAAAUUGCUGCUGAUUGAAGACAACGAGGUUGGACCCAUCUCCGAAACAGUUCAGUGGGACGACAUUGACAAAUGGGACUAG